AUGACACCAUCUUCUCUACUUCUCUUCUCCAUCCUCCUCUUAACCUCCCUCACUUCAUCCCUCUCCUCAACACCAUCCCCAACUUUCCACCAAAAACCUAACAACGAAACAGUAUACAGAACCUCCAAACAACUCUGCAUCGGGUGUACAUGGGAAUCAUUACAAUUCUUGUUUACUCAAAACUUAGUUCGAGCAGCUAAGUGGGAAAUCCCGCUAGCUUGGGAUUUCCAGCUUCAGAGAUACGCUCAAUGGUGGGCAGGACAAAGAAAAGGUGAUUGUGAGUUGAUGCAUUCAUUUCCUGAAGAUGAUUUCAAGUUGGGAGAGAAUAUCUUUUGGGGUAGUGAAUCUUCGUGGUCUCCGGUGGAUGCUGUGAAUACAUGGGCAGGAGAAGAGAAGUAUUAUAGAUAUGGAAGUAAUACGUGUGCAUCUGGGCAACAAUGUGGGCAUUAUACGCAGAUAGUUUGGAAAACAACGAGAAGAGUUGGGUGUGCUAGAGUGGUUUGUGAUAGUGGUGAUGUGUUUAUGACUUGCAACUAUGAUCCUGUUGGAAAUGUUAUCGGAGAACGUCCAUACUAA